AUGGUCUCAAUCCUUGAAUUGAGGCGAGUCUCAAAGUUUUCAAAGAAAGCAGUGAACCACUCUGGUGGAGCACCGACCGACAUGGGUUGUGGCAUAUGGUGCAACAAAAGUGUCUGCUUGGCAGCGAGCUCAGGUGUUGACUUUGACAUCGACUCUUGCUUACUUCCCCCUGCCGGCAGUGGCAGGGUAGCGUUGUGCAUGGGGCUGUUUAAUACUUUCAGCCCCAAUGAUGAUGAAGGAAGAGGUUCUAGUGAUGCUUCAUCUGGAGAUGAAAAGGAACAGGAGACAGCCCAGGAGAAACGACUUCGUCUCACUAAGCAAUACUUAGCACAUUUAGAAGCAGAAGAAAAUGAAGCUGAAGAAUCCCUUACCCCGGACAAAGAUGCUAUUGCACACAGACUUAAGUCAGAGCUGUUGGAACAGAGUGGGAAACUUCAGAAGUUUGUUGCUUCAGAGUAUGCAUGUCCAUCUAUUAAUGACCUCUCUAUCCUACGAGGUCACCAACUAGCCAUCACAUGCAUAGUGAUAUCAUCAGACAACAGGUUUAUUUUCAGUGGAAGCAAAGACUGUUCCAUCAUUAAAUGGAAUGUAGUGACAGGGAAGAAAGAACAUAAGAUACCAGGAGGAAGGAAAGGAACAGAAGGCAAACAUAUUGGACAUACUGAUCACAUCUUAGCACUCACUCUGUCUUCAGAUGACACUCUCUUAGUAUCUGGGUGCAGAAACAAGCUGAUCCAUGUAUGGGAUCCAUGUACAUGUACUCUUAAACACACAUUCAAAGGUCAUCGUGAUGCUAUUUCAGGCCUAGCUUUUCGAAAGGGCACCCAUCAGUUAUUCAGUUCAUCACACGAUCGUUCAGUAAAGAUUUGGAAUCUUGAUGAGAUGGCAUAUGUAGAAACCCUAUUUGGACAUCAAGAUGCAAUAACAGGUAUAGACAGCUUGACAAGGGACCGUUCCAUUACCUCAGGAGGGAGAGACAACUCUAUCAGGAUAUGGAAGGUGCUUGAAGAAUCACAGCUCAUCUUCCAUGGCCACUUGGGCUCUAUUGACUGUGUAAAGCUUAUAAAUGAAGAUCAUUUUAUUUCAGGAUCAGAUGAUGGGUCGAUUGCUUUAUGGAGCGUCAUGAAGAAGAAACCUUUGAGUAUAAAGCGUGAUGCUCAUCUUGGACCUGUGGGAGCAACUCAGUCCUGCAAGAUCAAAGAAAAUUGGAUAUGUUCUGUAGCAGCUUUGCAGGGAACUGAUCUUGUGGCAUCAGGAUCCAAAGAUGGAACUAUAAGAUUCUGGCAGUGCUCUGAAGGUUACAAGUCAUUAUCUCCGGCAUUCCAAGUUCCUUUGGAGGGUUUCAUAAACUCCAUGCAAUUUUCAAGUGAUGGGACAUUUCUUGCUGCUGGUGUUGGGCAAGAGCAUCGUCUAGGACGAUGGUGGCGUCUCAAAGAAGCGAAGAACAACAUUGUUAUUAUCAAACUCCACAAAACCAACGCUGAGAAUAUCAGAUGAUGUAGUAGAAAUAAGAUAUGAUUACGUUUGGGCUCGAUAGUUUGUGUACACAUGUCUCACCAAAUACCCUUCUUGGAGUCUUUUCAAAAGCUCAUAUUUAGUUUGCUUUGUUAAGUUUUGAUUAUAGAAUUUUUAGCCAUCCUAUGAUUGAGAAGGUGUUUCAACCCUAAUUGUAUCCCCCGAACAGAGAUCGGAGGAUACUAUGGAUUUGGCCUCGUCGCGCCGCGUCCGCCGCCGCAGAGAUUUCCUUGUGAGCGCUCUAUCAGCUGCAUUUUCUCCAAUCAUCUUCAAAUUUGGCAUGAAGGUUAAGUAUGGUAUAGCGAAGCCGGCUAUUGAUUUUGGUGUGGGCGGAGGUCACGUGGUAAGGUCAAAGGUCAUUUUCAGGUCAACAUUAAAGUUUACAUGCAAGACUCGCUUCUGACACCUAAUUCCACAACCGUAAGUCACUUUUUAACCAAACUUGGAUGGUAGAUGGACUUGGGGAACCUGCAUGUUAUGCUGCAGUCAGAAGUCACAUGGUAAGGUCAAAGGUCAUUUUCAGGUCAACGUUAAAGUUUGCAUGCAAGACUCUCUUAUGACACCUAACUCUGCAACCGUAAGUCAAUUUUUAACCAAACUUGGAUGGUAGAUGGAUUUGGGGUACCUGCAUGUUAUGCUGCAGUCUGAGGUCACAUGGUAAAGUCGAAGGUCAUUUCCAGGUCAACGUUGAAGUUUACAUGCAAGACUCUGUUUCUCCGCAACUAUAAGUCACUUUUCAACCACACUUGGAUGGUAGAUGGGCUUGGGGGACCUGCAUGCUAGGGUCAUUGUCGCCAUGAUGUAUUUAUUUGUCAAAUUUCUGUGUGAGCUCUAUAUAUAUCGCUAUGACGGAUGAUGCGGUUGGUUUGGGGGAUACAUGUGCUCGGCUGCGCGACCCGCCGAGCAUCUCUAGUUUACCUGGGCUAUUUCAGACCUGAAUAUACCAUGGACUUACCAUAUACUAAGGGGGGGGGGUUCAAUUUGACCAUCCUUCAGAUCUCGGCCGAUGAUUGCGUAAUUGAUUUGAAAGUUUGCGUAAAGCCGGAUGUAAACUAAAAGACCGUGUAUUUAAAGGGGAAUCCAGCCUUGGCCAUAACAUGUGUU